UACAUGUUAACAAUGUUUGUUGUAGUGGUCAUUUACACGGUCAGAAAACAUACGAAUGAUUUUUUUUUACCUCAACUGCUACUUCCACUACAUGGCCACGUCGAAUGUGUGCCUAUGGCUACAAUCAUUGUGUUGUGAAGAUAUCCAAAUCGAACAAAAAUGCAAGGCAUCCGUACUUUGCUUGUCCCUGCCUUGUAGUUAGUGUCCAAUUCAACAACGGUCAUAAUUGCAUUUAAUUCCGAACCAAUUGACUAAUAACUUUGUCAUUUUCACUCGUCAGCCCUGUGUUAGUUGGAUUGGUUGGUGUGAAAAACCAAGGAGACAGAGCACGGACUAUGCGUCCUCCACAAACGACAUUGUCAUGCACUUGCAGGAUGAUGUCAUACACAUUCAACACUCGUUGCAUCUCCUUAAAACCAUUGUCUCUGUGUUGUGCAUUGCCAUUGUCAUUUUGUUGUUGUGUAUGUAAUCAAACGUAGCGCUUGAAGUGCAUGAUUGUUGUAAUGAUGUUAACUGUAAUCACUUGAACAUCACCUUUGAUUUGUAAAAUAGUUAGGCGGAGACGUUAAUGACUACGUUAGUGCAACAAAAUUAUUUAACAAGUGUUUGUAUUCCUAUGACCACUCGUUCUGCAUGAAUAUUAUGUGUUGCUAUUCUUAUUUUAAUUACUGUGCAAUGGUUAUACAUUGUGAAUGUAGCAACCAAUUAUUUUUAAUUACUGUGCAAUUGUUAUAUAUUAGUAAUUCCCAUGCAAUUUUGUGAUUGUGAUCAUGUUGGCCCGUAAAUUACUUUGCAUAUAUUUUUGGUCAGUCCAAAUGGCUUCCAUACGUACUUCCCCUCGUACCCCUUCAAAAAACAAAGGCAUUCCAACAGAGAAGUCUAGUAGUGUUGAAGAAAAAAAAAAGCAGUUCAACCACAAGGCAUCCUGGGAUAGAGAGUCAACCCGGAUUUUCUUGCAGCUGCUUUCCAAUGAGAUUACAAAAGGGAAUCGCCCAUUCCUAAUCCUAAGCCAAACUAGGUACAAGUCGUUGGCAAAGAAAUUUGAAAAAAAAAAACUGGAAAAAAACAUGGGCUGAAACAGUUGAAGAAUAAAUUUAUGAGUUUGAAAAAAGAAUGGAAUGCUUGGAGGAAGUUAAUGGAUUUCAGCGAAGGAAUCUCAAGGAUUGGAUUUGACAGCGAAACUGGUUUGUUUCAGGCGUCUGAUACGUGGUGGGAUAAGAUGGAAUCAACAAACAAGGUAUGUGCAAAGUUUAGGAAAAAAACUUUGGAACACCGCAAGUUGAUGGAGACCGUUUUCACAGGGGCUUCUGCUACGAGUAAGAACCAUUGGACCUUGGGAGAGACAGUAACUGAACCUGUAACUGUUUCAUCGGAUUCAGUUGAUAGUAUAGGAUUGUGGCCAUUCGUUGAUCAGAUCCCCGCAUGUGCAGCCGAUGUGGAUCAAGAUUCUUCAAUGGAACUAGUCGAAACUGCGGUGAAAAGGAAACAGACUUCGUCAACAAGUUGUGCAAAGUCGAAGAAGGCAACCAGUGGUGCAUCAAUUAUAGCAGAAAGAAUAAACAAUUUGGCCAACGUGGUUCGAACCCAAAAUCAGCAAGUCACUGUCAGGCACCUCAUUGGUAACGAAUCACUGUACACAAUUUUGGAGUGCAUGCAAGGCCUCAGGGUUAUUCCUUCCCUUCUCAGUAUGUCGCUAUUCCAUUUUGCGUCGACACUGAUGGACAACGCAGAUUACCGAGAGGUGAUGAUGUGCCAGCCCGAUGACAACCACAUUAUUGGCUGGCUGACACAGAAACAGCUGCAAUGCAAUGCUGCUGCGCCAUUUGCGAGCCUAUUCGGGGCUCGAUGGGUGUGAUAGCGGUUCUUGUAGCUAAAUAUGGCCUUCUCUUGUCAACGUUGAUAAAUUUUCAUUACCGUGGAUGACUUGUAAUAAACAGGAUGGUUGUUUGUGAUGUUUUCAUUUUCCGUUUCCUUUUUCUUUUUUCUUUUUUUUUCCCUUAGCUCUACAUACUAUUCCAUGGUUGUAUGUGGUAUUUAUGAUGGAACUGGAUGCUUCUGUCUUGUUUUUAUUAUUCACUAUGGCGGGCUACCGUGUCAUGCUUGUUUAUUUA